AAUGUUUUAUUCUCAACAGUUAUGUUAAUUUGUUUUUAUCUUUGUAGUAUCACAGUGCAUUUAAUUUCGUAUUUACGAUUCUUAUUGAUAAUUUACAAAGAAAGAGCUAAUCUCUUUCUUUGAUUUGAUUUUGUUAUUGGGUAUUGAUAGUUAUAAUGCCUUUGAUAUGUGAAAAAUAAUAAUUAAACAGUGCUAAAAGACAGAAUUUUGUUAUAGAAUAAAUAAUUUGAUAAAAAUACAAGGAAAAUGACACCAGAAGAAGCAAGUUACGCUCGCGAAGACCUUUACGGCAGUAGUUAUCAAAACCCAAGUAAUCAGCCUCUAGAUAUCUCUCAUUCUCAUAGUAUCAACACAAUUCCAUCAAUUCGUGAUUUUAUUAUAUCCGAGGAUAUGUUAGCUGGUCAGAGACUCAAUGGAAGGAUGUCCAAUGUUAGACGAUUUUUUUGUUUGUUUGUUACGUUCGAUUUUCUCUUUGUAUCACUUAUGUGGCUUAUCUGUGUGAUGUUAAAUGGAGAAUACAUAAUGAAAGCACUAUCGGAACAAAUCUUACAUUAUGAUAUACAUACGUCCCUGUUUGAUAUUGUUCUCUUAGCGUUCCUUAGAUUCUUAAUUCUAAUAUUUUUCUAUGCUAUCCUGUAUAUAAAUCAUUGGAUUAUCAUAGCAUUGACCACUGCAUUAAGUUGUGCAUUUCUUAUAGCAAAAGUGUUUAUGUUUGAUUGGCCUAAAUCAUCGCAGCCAGUCCUAGAAGUACUGCUAGUUCUCGUGUCUUUUGUUAUUUCUUGGGGUCAAGCAUGGUUUCUGGAUUUCCGAGUCAUACCCCAAGAGAACCAUGCCAGUAGAUACCUUAUAACGUCCACAGAGUCGGAAAGGGCGCCUCUUAUAAGACGAUAUGUACAAGGGCUUCCUUCUGUAUGCACUGAAAGUGUCGGAAAUUUCUAUUCGCCCAUGGGAACGCCAGAAGGAUCGAUGUGUAGGUUCGAUCCACAACCGAGUACCUUUAGGCCUGCGCCUUUAACAAAAGAACAGGAGCAAAAUUAUAAGCAUUUAGGAGCGCAUGCUUUACAGAACACGUGGGAUCUGUAUUUGAAGACAGAUUGGAAGCUUGAGAAGCAUCAGGAUCAUGCUUAUGUUUAUAUUAGAAAGGAUCCGAAACUCGGUACUAUAUUUAAAUUGGUGGCCGAAAUAAACUCAUCGGCCAAAUUUCUACUGGAGGAGCUCUAUUUCAAGGUGCACGAGCUGGCAACGUGGAACUCAGCGGUCAAGGAGUCGCACAAGAUCCAAACCAUCGACGAAUACACCGACAUCAGCUACCAGAUCUCUGCAGACGGCGCUGGAGGUCUAGUCAGCAGUAGGGACUUUGUCAGUUUGAGACACUGGGCCAGUAUAGAAGACUGUUACGUCAUUGCUUGCGUCAAAACCGACCACCCGCACUUUCCAACUGACAGUCGAUACGUCAGAGGUGAAAAUGGCGCUGGGGGCUACUUAUUACAACACAUAGAGAACGAACCGAAGAAAUGCAGGUUCACAUGGAUCCUGAACACGAAUCUAAACAUAAAAAUCCCCAAGACUUUGCUAGAGAAAGAAAUGGUCAAAAUGAUGUUCUCCUAUUUAAGAGACCUCAGAACGCACAUUUCGAAAAACGGAUAGAGGUAACGUUGAUCUCAUUUUAUACAGGUUAAGUAAAAAAGUGAUUUUUUGAACGUCGGUGAUUUUUUUCUGUGUGAAUUAAGUGUAUAUUUAAGAGUAAAUGGAAUUAGAUGAACAGCAAAUAUUUAAAUCGUUUAAGAUUGCCAUUUGCAUUUGAACGUUUGAAUACUGGAGAUACGUAAGAGGUUUUUACCCUAGAUUAUAUAUACUUACGUGGAUAAAUAAACGCCAUAAGUUUAGCAUUAAAAAAUAUGUCUCCAACAUCACGACAUGCCAUUUUCAAACCUUCUUUAUUGCCCUUAUGAA